ACAGAACAAUCCUCCACCUGAGCGUGAACGGGGCGUGUGGGGGCCAUGUCCAGCCGUGCCUACACCAGGUUGUGGCUCGAGUCCCAGGCUGCCCUAAAUGAGCUGCUGGGCCAGGAGCUGCCGUCCCAGCCCCUGCAGCCGGAGAAGAGCCAGCGGCUGUUCUUCCAGAUGGUGGCCACCCUGUUCCUGCGCUACGUGCAGAUCCUGCGCUGCCUGGAGACCUGCUAUGACCAGAUGGUGCAUCCGCAGAAGCGCUUGGUGCUCCGGCGCGUGCUUGAGGGGGUGAUGGGCCGGGUGCUGGAGCUCAAGAACGAGAUGGUGGAGAUGGAGCUCUCGGAGUAUCACUACAUGGAUGAUGUGCUUCAGGACCUCAAGCUCACCCCAGCAGACAUGGAGGUGCCCAUUCCCAAGUACUUUGUGAGCCAGAGAGCCAAGGCCCUGAAGGAGCGUCAGCAGGUGCUGUCGCAGAUCCUGGCGCGGCUGGAACCCAGCAUGCCCGCUGGGGUAAGUGCUCCAGCUGCUGUGCAGGCGGCUCUGCUCUCUGUGGGUGGAGCCAAGGAGCCUGACCGCGAGCAGGCUGCCCUCUGCAUCCAGAAGGUCUGGAAAGGCUGCCUGCAACGCAGAUGCACCAAGCUGGAGAGAGAGAGGGAGAUGGCCUUUAUCGGCAUGGUCCCAGACCCCAAGGCCUUUGGUCUCCCGGCUGCCAUGCUGCGGGCGCAGCUCGGGGAGGAGUUCCGGCGCCUGAGGCAGGCUGACUACGAAGCCGAGUACCAGCAGGCUCUGGUGAGCAUCCGGGAAGGGCUCUUUGAGGUGGAGGGACCUGACAUGAAGGAGGAGAUGAAGGAGCAGCUCCGGCAGUGGUUCAUUGAGUGCCAUGACCUGACCGGCCGCUUCCCUGAAUUCCCCGAUGAGGAGCUUGGAGGCUCCAGCAUCCUCUUUGCAGAAAAGACGCCUGAGCAGGUCCAAGAAGAGCUGGAGCUGCAGGAAACCGAGGGCCAGAAGAAGAAGGAGAAGACGGCGGAGAAAGAGAAGAGCAAGGAAGGGAAGGCGAAGAAAGGCAAGGACAAGAAACAGGGAGAAGAGGAAAGUUUGAAGCUGGCUGAGUCCAAGUUCCUGCCCAUGAUCAGCGAGGGCUCCGCCGAGUAUCAGACUGUCUGGGGCAAUCAGGAUGAGUUGGACAACUUGGAGCCUCAUUACGAGCUAGAGCUGAUGAAAGCCCAGCAGAGGAAGGAGGUUGAGACGGAGCUGGGCAUGCAAGUGGAUGAGCUGAUGCGAGAGGAAUUGCAGCGACUGAAGCUGGCUGUGGAUCGCGAGGAGGGGAAAUCUCUCAAGGCAAAGAAGAGCAGCAAGCCGAAGGGGAAGAAAGGUGGGAAAAAGAAGGAGAAAGAUUUAACCCCGGACAG